CGGCUCGAGCCGCCGCCGCACUGACAGCUCGGGCUGCGGACCAUGGACACCGGCGCCGGCGCGCGGCCGCUGCGCCUGCUCGGCUGCCUGAUGCCUCUCUGUCUGGCGUUGCUUUUGGGACCGGGGAGGCCCGGGACGGCCGAGGAAGUCAUCCUCCUGGAUUCCAAAGCUUCCCAGGCUGAGCUGGGCUGGACUGCACUGCCAAGUAACGGGUGGGAGGAGAUCAGCGGCGUGGACGAGCAUGACCGUCCCAUCCGCACGUAUCAGGUGUGCAACGUGCUGGAGCCCAACCAGGACAACUGGUUGCAAACCGGCUGGAUCAGCCGCGGCCGCGGGCAGCGCAUCUUCGUGGAGCUGCAGUUCACGCUGCGCGACUGCAGCAGCAUCCCGGGCGCCGCCGGCACCUGCAAGGAGACUUUCAACGUGUACUACCUGGAGACAGAGGCCGACCUGGGCCGCGGGCGGCCUCGCCCCGGGGGCAGCCGGGCCCGCAAGAUCGACACAAUCGCGGCGGACGAGAGCUUCACGCAGGGCGACCUGGGCGAGCGCAAGAUGAAGCUGAACACCGAGGUGCGCGAGGUCGGUCCGCUCAGCCGGCGGGGUUUCCACUUGGCCUUCCAGGACGUGGGCGCGUGCGUGGCGCUGGUCUCGGUGCGCGUCUACUACAAGCAGUGCCGCGCCACGGUGCGGGGCCUGGCGGCGUUCCCAGCCACCGCGGCCGAGAGCGCCUUCUCCACGCUGGUGGAGGUGACGGGAACGUGCGUGGCGCACUCGGAAGGCGAGCCGGGCAGCCCCCCGCGCAUGCACUGUGGCGCCGACGGUGAGUGGCUGGUGCCCGUGGGCCGCUGCAGCUGCAGUGCGGGAUUCCAGGAACGUGGUGACAUCUGUGAAGCCUGUCCCCCAGGCUUCUACAAGCUGUCCUCGCGCCGGCCGCUCUGCUCCCCGUGCCCCGAGCACAGCCGCGCCCUGGAAAACGCCUCCACGUUCUGCGUGUGCCAGGACAGCUACGCGCGCUCGCCCACCGACCCGCCCUCGGCCUCCUGCACCCGGCCGCCGUCGGCGCCGCGGGACCUGCAGUACAGCCUGAGCCGCUCGCCGCUGGCGCUGAGGCUGCGCUGGCUGCCGCCCGCCGACUCCGGGGGCCGCUCGGACGUCACGUACUCGCUGCUGUGCCUGCGCUGCGGCCGCGAGGGCCCGGGGGGCGCGUGCGAGCCGUGCGGGCCGCGGGUGGCCUUCGUGCCGCGCCAGGCCGGGCUGCGGGAGCGCGCCGCCACGCUGCUCCACCUGCGGCCCGGGGCGCGCUACACCGUGCGGGUGGCGGCGCUCAACGGCGUGUCGGGCCCGGCGGCCGCCGCGGGAGCCACGUACGCGCAGGUCACCGUGUCCACCGGGCCCGGGGCGCCCUGGGAGGAGGAUGAGAUCCGCAGGGACCGAGUGGAGCCCCAGAGCGUGUCCCUGUCGUGGCGGGAGCCCGUCCCCGCCGGAGCCCCGGGGGCUAACGGCACCGAGUACGAGAUCCGAUACUACGAGAAGGGUCAGAGUGAACAGACUUACUCCACGGUGAAGACAGGGGCACCUGCGGUCACUGUCACCAACCUGAAGCCGGCUACCCGCUACGUCUUUCAGAUCCGGGCGGCUUCCCCGGGACCCUCCUGGGAGACCCAGAGCUUCAAUCCCUCCAUUGAAGUGCAGACCCCAGGGGAGGCCACCUCCGGGCCCAGGGACCACAACCCUGCGGUCGUUGUCACCGUGGUGACCGUCUCAGCCCUCCUGGUCCUGGGCUCCGUGAUGAGCGUGCUGGCCAUGUGGAGAAGGCCCUGCCCCUACGGCAAAGGAGGUCAGGACGCCCAUGACGAGGAGGAGCUGUAUUUCCACUUCAAAGUCCCCACCCGCCGCACGUUCUUAGACCCCCAGAGCUGUGGGGACCCGCUGCAGGCCGUUCAUCUGUUCGCCAAGGAGCUGGAUGCAAAAACCGUCACACUGGAGAAAAGCCUAGGAGCAGGGCGCUUCGGGGAGCUGUCCUUCGGCUGCCUGCAGCUCCCCGGCCGCCAGGAGCUGCCCGUGGCCGUGCACACGCUGAGGGACGGCUGCUCCGACUCUCAGAGGCUCAGCUUCCUGGCCGAGGCCCUCACCCUGGGUCAGUUCGACCACAGCCACGUGGUGCGGCUGGAGGGUGUCAUCACCCGAGGAAGCACCUUGAUGAUUGUCACCGAGUACAUGAGCCAUGGGGCCCUGGACGGCUUCCUGCGGCGGCACGAAGGCCAGCUGGCGGCUGGGCAGCUGUUGGGCCUGCUGCCCGGGCUGGCGUCAGCCAUGAAGUAUCUGUCGGAAAUGGGCUACGUCCACCGGGGCCUGGCAGCCCGCCGGGUGCUGGUCACCAGCGGCCUUAUCUGCAAGAUCUCCGGCUUUGGACGGGGCCCCCGGGACCGCGCAGAGGCUGUCUACACCACCAUGAGUGGCCGGAGCCCCGCGCUGUGGGCCGCCCCCGAGACGCUUCAGUUUGGACACUUCAGUUCUGCUAGUGACGUGUGGAGCUUUGGUGUCGUCAUGUGGGAGGUGAUGGCCUUUGGGGAGCGGCCCUACUGGGACAUGUCUGGCCAAGACGUGAUCAAGGCAGUGGAGGACGGCUUCCGGCUGCCACCCCCCAGGCACUGCCCCUCCCUGCUACACCGACUGAUGCUCGACUGCUGGCAGAAGGACCCGGGCGAGCGGCCCAGGUUCUCCCAGAUCCACAGUAUCCUGAGCAAGAUGGUGCAGGACCCAGAACCCCCAAAGUGUGCCACGGCCACCUCUCCCAGGCCUCCCACCCCACUGGCGGACCGUGCCUUCUCCACCUUUCCCUCCUUCGGUUCCGUGGGCGCGUGGCUGGACGCCCUGGACCUGGGCCGCUACAAGGACAGCUUCGCUGCAGGUGGCUACGGGAGCCUGGAGGCCGUGGCUGCGAUGGCUGCCCAGGACCUGCUGAACCUGGGCAUCUCGUCGGCGGAACAUCGAGAGGCCCUCCUCAGUGGGAUCAGCGCCCUGCGGGCACGGGUGCUCCAGCUGCAAGGCCAGGGGGUGCAGGUGUGAACAGUGCGUCCUUGCAGCCAGGACCCCUGCCCUGACUCGGACCCCGGCAGGCUGGGCCCCAGCGGUGUGGAAGUGAGCACGCUCUCCCUGCACUGCGGCCCAGAGCUUGUUCGGGACCACGGUUCCCCUCAUUUCACUGCCUAGUCCUCCCAUUUGCCCCAGUCUGAACACCUUGGCCAGAAGGGUUAAAUCCCUGGGGAGAACCCCUGAGCUACUAGCAGGAGGAGAUGCCGGGCCUCAGGGACCAAGGGGGACAGGACGGGGAGGGAAGACGUAGCUUUAAAUCACCUGGUUCGUGUUUUUCUGUCUUCCACACCCACUGGGUCCUGGGGCCCACCCCAGGGGGUGCCCCUUUUUCCACACAGACCUCUCAGCCUAUUGGCAGCAUGGGUCCCUAACAUGCUCCCAUGAGACCCAGCAGGGACCAGAGCUGCCUGGCGGCCCAUCCUGAAGGGCCUGGAGGGGCAAGGUCCUCCGCUCCCUGUGCUUGGGCUUGGCCCUGUCUGCACACUGGUGGUAAGGCCCAGGCCAAGAAGGUGGUGCUGAGCUCAGGGGCUGGACCCCAAAGGCCCUAGACUCAGGAGCUGAUUUCUGCUUCCCUUGUCCUUGGGCCGACAGCUCAGGGUGAGGGUGAGGGUCCUGGCUAGGCCAUCAUGAGGUUCUGGUGCUCCCCUGAGACCCAGCUAGGCCUCCCCUGUGCAUUCCUUUUAUAAAUUCAACUGGUCGGGGUGGGGGGAGGGGGGACAUCUGAGAGGAGCAUGAGGGGAGAUGUUUUCUCCCUGGAGAACCUGUGAGCUUUGCUCUCCAGCCUCAGGGGAUGGUGAAGAGACCCUCAGAGGUGGACCUUCUCUCUCUGACAGGCUCCGAGCCACACUGUGCAGAUAGGAAAGGGGCAGGGCGGUCAGAACCCAUGCCCCCGACUCCCAGUCCGGGCCUGGGCCUGGCUCUGGAGAGAGAGAGAGUCCUUGGUCCUACCUUGUGAUGCCAACUCCCUUCCCCGAGGUAGCCCAGGGGUACUCUGAGGUGGCCGCCUCUCGCAAGUUGUCUCCUGGGCACCACUCAGCCUCCUGUGCAGCACCCUCUCCCUCCAGCUUCUGGGGGACUCUGGCAGGAGUGGCCACCCUGGGCUAACCCCAGAGUUCCUGACCCAGAAGGGCUUCCCCGAGGUGGUGGAGAUCAUGAGGCCAGGGCUCUCAUAGGACGGCAGGAAGGCUGCUGGAUCUGGCUGGGAUUCCAGGGGCUGGGUUGGUCCCAGUCACCCCUGACCUAUGCCGACCCUGGACUUGGCUGCGUGUGGGUGGGGGUGGGAUGGGUGGGAAGGAGGAGCCACAGGGGGAGAAGUAGGGGGUGAACAGAUCAUCGAGCUGGCCCGUGGAGGGCUCAGCCUAGGUGGGCGGAGAAGCUCAGGCACUGAGAAGUACGGGGGUGGGGCAAGGGCACCUUCCAGAAGUGCCCCGGGCCCCAUGGGAGACCUCGGGGUCAGUGGGCCGGUGGGCCCGAGGGCAGAUGGACACCCUCGUGAUUCGCACACGUGCACCUGUGUCUGGAAAGGCUUCUCGGCUGAGAGGCUGAUGCAGAAGUUGAAGGAGGCUUUGGAGGUGGGGGUGGGGGUGUCCCUCCUGAGGGCAGGGUGGAGUUUUGUGCAGGCCGAGAGACGCAGGGCCUAGGACAGGAGGCCUCCAGGCAGAGGGACUAGCAUGAGAAGGAGCCUGGGGGCGGGAAGAUGCAGCGGAUUUUUGGGGAGCGCCCACGGUGGGGGACAGUGCCUCACAGCAGUGCCUUUGGCCUCACCCUGCCAGCAGCAGCUCUUCUCUCCUUGGGGCCCCUCCCUCUGCACCCCCCCUCCAAGCACCUGCCCUAGCCAGUGAUGUUGAGGGAAUGAGGUGGGAAGGGGGAGCUUGAGAUAAUGCUUCCACCUUUGAUGGGGCUGGAGGGUCCGGUCCCUUUGCCAGCUCCCCUCUGGGCUUGCCCCCUCCCCCCACAAGCUUGGAAAGGACCUGGCGAGAGGACCAGGGGCCCCGCCUUGGGUGGAGGGGGCCUCAUCCCCAUCUCCAGCUGCAGCAGUCAUGCUCUAAAGGUCCAGGGCCCCUCCCCAUCCCCUGGCUGUGCUGCGGAGGGGCCCCCUGGCUGUGUUGGCAGGACUUCGGUGUCCAGGGUAGACCUCCCCUCCCCUGAGGAGUGAGGUCCCACAAUCCUGAGGGGUCCCAGACCUCUGCCCUGCACAGAUGCGGGCUGAUGGCUCCCUGGGAGCCCUCAACAGAUCUAUUUUUAUAUGGAACUUGUUCACUGGACAGAGGGAGGUGGCCUGCAACCCUCCAGCUCCCCCAUCUGAGCCCGUCCAGGGAGGGAAGGGGCUGGUGGCAGCAUGGCGGGGAGGGGUGUUUCCUUUAACUCCGGAGAUGUUUUUAUAUUUCGUGGGUUCUAUAUGCAGGACAAAGUAAUAAAAACUUGUCUGUGAUAAGGUA